AUGACUCACCAUUGCAAAUGCGGAACUGAUUGCCAAUGUAAGGAUUGUAACUGUGGCAAAGAAGAACAACCAGCUGGAUCAAAGCCAGCCGCCUGCAAGUGUACAUCUUGUAAAUGCGAUCCAUGCACUUGUCAUUAA